UCCAAGUUUCAUAUUCCUGUCACCGGCUUCACCCUCGCAGUUAUAUAGCUUAAGCGGCGGGAGGAACUUGGUUUUUUUUUUAUCCGGUUCAAUAUCCAACUGGAGACUUUCUUUCCUACUGUCAUGUCCAAUGUCAUGUCCUACACGACCCGUAAGGAUUCUGCAUCAUCUAUCAACGUUGUCUUACCCUUCUCAGCUGCUACUUCUCUCAAAAUAUCUCCCAAUCUCGAGGCCCUUCUCCAACACGACGAACUUCCCCAUGGUGUUAGCGGGUCGCCAACUAGUCCAUACCAUUCUAUCUCGCACUCGUCUGGAUUUGCUGUCAGUCUUGCACCACCACCACCCCGGAAUACAGCGAACAAGGUAGUUAAUCACGAGAACCGCGUCAAGAAAAUCCGGCGGAAGAAGAGUAACGUUAGGUCUGAUUCUUGGCCAGACGCUCUACCUGCCAUGAAUAGUCCUAUUGUCGGUCACUCAGGCCCCGCAUCCUCUAGAUCUGCUACGCCCAAUCCUUAUAUCAAACCAACUCCCGUCGUACCGACUAUUAAUACAUUUGAUGAUAGAGAAGCAGGUCCGAUAUCACUUCUGUCACUACAGAAUGGCCAUGCCAAUUCCACCGAGACGAUAGUUUCGCUUGCACACAAGAGUGAACCAGAUGUCUACCGCGUGCACACUUCUGACUCGCCGGUACAUCUCACAACUUCCUGUCGCUCAUCGCCUACUUUGCACAAGGUUGAGAAAAUCUUUACAAAGGGGCGAGAGUCUUUGAGCAUUCUCACAAGUGCUGCUAUUCCCAGCAGCAUAAAGCCAAAACAGGACAAUCACGUUGAUUUCCGGCCUCAUCGCACAGAGUUGGCAGAGUCUAGCGCCUAUCAGUCAUCUCUUUCAGUACCCCAGGUGCGACAGACGCGAGGAUCAGGAUACCGAGCAAUGUCGCAUCAACUAUCCGCAUUCGGGGAUGCAGAGACAGCCUCAAUUUCUAAUGCUUCCCUUCGGACAACUGAAACGCGGCAGUUCUCUCCUGUGCAAACCAAGUCUCUCUUCUCGACCGGUACAGACAUGAGCGUCAACUCGCCUUCAGUUUCAUCUACCCGCUCCCUCUCCCCUAAAUUUGGUUAUUCCCCGUCAGCAGCGGUCAUAUUUUCUAAUUCAUCAAGCACAUAUCACGCAUCUUCAUUGCCUCAUUUACCUCCCAUAUCCCCGAUCGAAAUGCCACUUCUGCCUUCGGUGCAGAAACGAGCAAGUAAUGACCAGCAAUCAUUCAUUGAUUUUUUCUCGCCUUCUUCCCCAGUUUCCCAGCAUAUGCAGGACGACCCAUCUAUCAUAUCCGCUCGCCGUCCAUCUGCACCAGCUAUAUUACCUUCAAGCAUAUAUUCUAGUACUUCUUGUAAUUCAUCUUCGAACGACCUUCCUAGCAUGGUUUUCGCCCCGGCCAGUCCUACUUCUGCCGCUAAUGAAGCUCCUGAUUCCCCACAGCACUCGCGACCGAGCUCUUCAGCAUCCUCAUACUCAGACGUUUCGGCAAUGAUAUUUGCUCCCACGAGUCCUACUUCUGGUCCGUAUUUGUCGCCUAUUUCCUAUCGCCCUAGUUCGCCAUGUUCUUCGGCGACCUCGCUUGCAACACUUGAGUUUGCACCUCCUAGUCCGGCAUUCCCCGGCCCCGAUACCAAAGAUACCUUGAAACCACCCAUUCCAACUACUCCAAAGCCUCCGUUCGAGAGAAGGGGUCGCAAAGCCCGUUUCCAGAAACGUUCUUUUUCGUCUUCUCCUCAACCGCCUCUUCGUCUCAAAGUACCCCUACCACCAACGACCAAUACGCUUGACGCCAACGAGCGAGCUGAUCUCAUACGAAGAAAUCGCAAGUUGGCGCAACUGCUAGGACAAACCCCAGCGGUUGAAAUGGCUGCAUCGGAAGUAGAGGAGUCACGCCUAUUUAAGAUACUACCACAGCCCCCCUUCUCUGCUUUUCUGGGAUCAGCGAAGCAGAAGCAGAAGCAUCAUCGUCAUGCAAUGUCUGUAUCUGUUGCCGUGAAGACCCCCGGGUUUAAAUCGGGACCGUCAUCGUCAUGGCAGGUCAUAGACUACCCAUCAACACAGAGCGGUCGCAGAUAUUCCACACCCUACACUCCACGUAGCUUUACGUUCUACCUGGAUGAUUCAUCGGAGCUACCAGCCACUCGCGAUCAUCACGGCUCACAUCGCCAUUGGGAUCCGCAGCACCAAUAUAGUUCCCCAACUUCUUUCAUUGAUCUUUCAGACGAAGAUAAUUCACAUGAUGCUUCGGACGCGAUCAGUAUAGAAAUGCCGAACACGGCAAACGGUCGCCGAAUCUUCCAUCAUUCAUCCUCGACACCAUCUGUGGUGGAGACCUUUACGCCCGAGGAACAAGCCGAAGCCGAGAGAAGAAGAAAGCGUGACAAGCUGGCUAAACUCCACCGUUUUCUUGGCUCUCGCGUCCCUACGGACUUGGUCGUUGGUCAUAUAGCUGGUCCGUCUUUACCUCCAUCGUCGAUGACUGUGGACGGCCGCGAUAUGUGGCUUUACAGGCGAAGGAGCGGUUCAUCUGCCCCAUCGUUCGAGCCUGUCAAGACAGAGCUUGACGACGAGGAGAAGGCUUUGAAUGUCAGGCGUGCUCAGAAGAUGGAAAAACUUUUCGGGAUCCCUCCUCCACAAACCUUGUACCAUACUCGCCAAGCUCCUGCAACAGUGGUCCGCUCUCAACCGGCGUCCCCUGUAGCAUCCCUUAUGACUCCGACCUACACACCCGCCAAUGUUCCUGGUUUCUCUCGGCGUAAUCCAAACCAGUCUGCGUACACAAAAGGGAAGAAAGUGCAUCGCCCAGGAACUUCGGAUUCAACUACGUUCCUACUGCCGCUCAAGACUUGUAGCUCUCCAGAGCCUGUUCAAACGUCUGGCUAUCAGGAUGCGCUCGCACAAUCUUCUGUGUACAUGAACUAUCAGCAUUCUAUCGCGUCGCUGACAGACAUCAUUGACCGAGAUGACAGGGCGUCUCUUGCGGAGCUUCAUCGGUUCCUCCACGGCGAUGUAGUGGAUUCUCCAACUGAGGAACAGCCCUUGCUAGAAUCUCAUAGGAUGUCCGGCUCGUCGCAUUCAUUCAAGUCAGAACGUAGACUCUCGUUACCCACACGGACAUCCAUGGCGUCGUUGAUAACCACUGAGAUACCCAUGCCGUCGCCCAGGGGGUCAUCUGACUUCCAGUUGCGUAGGCGACGAGCUGCUAAAUUGACGCAUUUCUUCGGCGUGGAUUAUCGUGAGCUUAUUCAUGAUAUUUUGGAAAGCAUUGAGAAGGGCGUGGAAGAAGAAAGGAAGAGAGGGACGCUUCGGCCCGAGGAAGUUGAAUCUUUGCUGCAUAAGCUUCAUGAUCUUCGGACGAGACAGGAUGGGUUUUUAUAAUGAUCAGUACUAUAACACUCCUUUACCAGUUUUAACUUUUAUGUCGCUUUGUCAUGACCUCUUGCAUGUGAUCUUUCUUCAGUUCGAACCUC